UACUAGAGUACUAGUCAAGGAAGUCUGCGGCAAGCACAAUGUAAUAACGUAACCUCACAAACAAGUGAAACAACCUACUACAACAUGAACACUAUCUACUGAUCAUCUUCGACCUUGAUUCAAUCAUCCUCGCCCUCGGCCUUGGCCUUGUUCAUACAAGUGAUGGCAGGUGGUGUAGCAGUUAUAAGUCCCGCCGGAGGUGAUAAUUAUAAUGGCAAGGUGACAUGGUUUGUUAUAAUAUCUUGCAUGAUGGCUGCUAUGGGAGGAGUACUUUUUGGUUAUGACAUUGGAAUUUCAGGUGGAGUAACAUCAAUGGAGCCAUUUCUAAAAAAAUUCUUCCCAAGUGUGUAUGAACAUAUGAAGGAAGACACCAAAAUUAGCAACUAUUGCAAAUUCAACAGUGAAUUGUUGACUUCAUUCACAUCAUCUCUUUAUGUUGCUGGCUUUGUUGCAUCCUUCUUUGCUUCAACCAUCACCAAAGUAUACGGCCGCAAGCCAUCCAUUCUAAUAGGGGGUUUAGCAUUUCUUGCUGGCUCUGCUGUUGGUGGUGCUGCUAUCAAUAUAUACAUGCUUAUACUCGGCCGCCUAUUGCUUGGUGUUGGAGUUGGUUUCGCCAACCAAUCUGCUCCAUUAUAUCUGUCAGAAAUGGCACCCCCAAAGUACAGAGGAGCAUUUAACAAUGGCUUCCAACUUAGUGUUGGCAUUGGGGGUUUGACAGCAAACUUGAUCAACGUUGGUACCGAGAAAAUCAAAGGCGGGUGGGGAUGGCGAGUCUCCCUAGCCACGGCUGUGGCUCCUGCUAUAAUCUUAACUGUUGGGGCACUUCUUCUGCCUGAAACACCCAACAGUUUGAUCCAAAGAAGCAAAAAUUCUGAGGCUUCUACUGAUCCUAAUGAAAAUGUUCUUCUGCAUAAAGCAAAGCUCACAUUGCAAAGUGUACGAGGUACAACUGAUGUUGAGGCAGAACUCGAUGAUCUGAUACACGCGAGUAGCACAAUUUCUGAAAAAAAGCAUGGCAGUUCAUUCAGCCAAAUCCUGCAACGCAAAUACAGGCCACAACUCAUAAUGUCAAUAGCUAUACCAUUUUUUCAACAGGUGACAGGAAUCAAUGUUAUCGCGUUUUAUGCUCCCUUACUAUUUCGUACUUUAGGUCUAGGAGAAAGUGCAUCACUCCUCUCUGCAGUCAUGACAGGGGCUGUAGGAACAGCCUCAACUUUCAUAUCAAUGCUAAUCGUUGAUAGAUUUGGAAGACGAGCUUUGUUCAUCUUCGGAGGAGUUCAGAUGUUCAUCUGCCAGAUUGCUAUAGGAACUAUUAUGGCAACACACCUAGGAGAUCAUGGUGGGAUUAGCAAAGAAUACGCUUAUUUGGUGUUGGUACUCAUAUGCAUUUAUGUAGCUGGUUUCGGGUGGUCUUGGGGGCCAUUAGGAUGGUUAGUCCCUAGCGAAAUCUUCCAGCUUGAAAUAAGAUCUGCAGGACAAAGUAUUACAGUAGCAAUUAGUUUUAUCUUCACUUUUAUCAUAGCUCAAACAUUUUUAGCUAUGCUUUGUUGUUUUAAAGCUGGGAUUUUCUUCUUUUUUGGUGGGUGGGUUUUGGUUAUGACUGGGUUUGUAUACUUGUUUUUGCCAGAAACCAAGGGUAUUCCUCUUGAGAAGAUGAAUCAUAUUUGGAGGGAUCAUUGGUUUUGGGGAAAAUUUGUUGGUUAAAUUUACUUACAAAAUACAAAAACAAACUAGAUAGAAGACAAUGGUUACAAAUAGUACUUGUACGAUUUGUCAUUUUGGUAAAGACCGUAUAUUAUAUGGAAUUUGUGAGAUCUGAUGAUA